AUGGAGAGGGGAUUGCAGCUUUGUCAAAGCAUCUUGAUGCGGAGACUUGUAGGGCUUUACCCCAAGGGGAGCCCUUCUAGAAAUUCUCGAUGGCCUGGGCCAUACCCAGGCCGAAGAGGGGGUUUGGAAAUAGUUUUCAACCAGCAAUUGACGCGCCUCGGUUAG